UUUAAAUACUCCCGUUGUAUCGUAUGUUGACGGUGGUUCUAGGCACAACGCGACCAUUGAUAAAUUAAAUGUCAGCACAGGACCGUUAGCGUAUGUUACAAAGUGGUCGCUAUAAUGUUUCAAUGCGUGGUUUCUUUUGCCACAUUAAGGUUAAAGUUUGUUAGGAGGGAGUGUAAACAUAUAUCAUCAGCAGUGAGAUGAUUCUUGAAUUUUGCUCGGAUGUAGUGCAAUUGUGUAGACAGGCAAGCUAGAACAUUCAUUAUCUUAACUUCAUCAUAACCAGUGCGCGGUGAGCGCGGACGGUACUAGCACACACAGUGGAAGGUAAAAGCUAUACAGAUAUACAUAUGCGCCACGGAUUGUUUUCAUUCAGUAUCAUAGUCGUGUAUUGAUCAAGGCAAUCGUUGUUUGUAGUGUACCCGUGUGUGGUAGAAUCGAUAUUUGCUUCGUCAAGCUAAAUCUCGUUUAAUUCAUUAAGUUGUACCAUAUAAGUUUUAGCCUUCUACACUUAAAUCAGUGUUACUAGGGUACUGUUUUAUAGGUGUUCACGUUUGCUUACCUACAUCAGCAGGAUUCAUGUUAUCAGCAACAUUCUAAACUAUUGGUAUUACAUCUUCCUUGCUUCCUCACGGCAUUGCCUGUCUUAUACGAACUCUAAGCGUUUCCUUGGGAGGUAACUUUCCGUGUGGAAUUAAGAUUGUAAAUUGUGAUGGUGCGGGACCAGUGGGCGAGGAACUCGGAGUUCCUGCUGUCUUGUAUAGGGUUCGCUGUCGGGCUUGGUAACAUCUGGAGGUUCCCUUACCUAUGCUACAGAAACGGCGGGGGCGCAUUCCUGGUUCCUUAUCUACUAUUUUUGGUAUUUGGAGCCGCACCUGUCCUGAUUUUAGAAAUAGGUCUUGGCCAGUUUAUGAGUAAAAGUGGAACGGGAGCAUGGAAUAUAUGUCCUUUAUUCCAAGGUAUAGGGGUGGCAAACCUGGUGAUGAUGGUGCUGGUGAACGUGUAUUACAUUGUCGUACUAGCCUGGGGUUGUUAUUACUUCGUCAUGAGUUUCCAGACCGUGCUACCCUGGUCACACUGUGACAAUCCUUGGAACACUCCCAGAUGCAGUCUUACAAAACAUAUUCCUUGUGACGUCACUAACGGGACGUUUAAUAACACAUUAAACAUGUCCCUUGUCGCUUGUGUCAGAGACAAUACGACAUCCACCGUGGAUCCCUCGGUGGAGUUCUGGGAACGGAAAGUUCUUCAGAUGUCCGAUGGUAUCGAGGAGAGUGGAGGAAUUAUACGAGAUAUGGCUCUGUGCCUUCUCUUUGUCUGGGUGUUUGUCUACUUUUGUGUCUGGAAGGGAAUCAAGUGGACGGGCAAGGUUGUGUAUUUCACCGCCACAUUCCCGUACGUGGUUCUCAUCACGCUGUUGAUUCGUGGUCUCACCCUGGACGGGGCUCUCUACGGCAUCAAGUACUUCCUCAUACCGGACUUCAGCAAGCUCGCCGAGGCCCAGGUUUGGGUCGAUGGAGGGACUCAGAUAUUUUUCUCCCUCGCAAUUGCACUAGGAGCCAUGAUUACACUCGGAAGCUACAAGAAGUUUGACAAUAACUUUUACAGGGAUUGCUUUUUCAUCAUGUGCAUCAAUAGUGGCACAAGCCUUCUCGGUGGAUUUACUGUUUUCUCUAUCCUGGGAUUUAUGGCGACGGAACAAGGAGUCGAUAUAUCAGAAGUUGUGUCGUCAGGUGCUGGUUUAGCCUUCAUCACCUACCCGAAGGCAGUCCUCAGCAUGCCCUUCUCCCACUUGUGGUCCGCACUAUUUUUCUUUAUGCUCUUCCUCGUUGGUAUUGAUAGCCAGUUCGUACAUGUAGAGGCAGUCAUCACUCCGAUUUUAGACAUGUUUCCAAAGCACCUUAACAAACCUUGGCACCGUAUGGCCGUCACAGCAGUAUACUGCGUAGGUGCCUUUCUGAUAGGCCUGUCAAUGACAACAAAGGGAGGUAUAUACAUCUUCACCUUGUUUGAUUACUAUUCGGCCAGUGGUAUGGUAAUGCUGUGGGUAUGCUUCUGGGAAUGUAUUGCCAUAGGAUGGAUUUUCGGAGCACAUAGGUUCUAUGAUGUCCUCGAGCUCAUGCUGGGCUACAGGAUCAAUAUGUUUUUGUGGAUUUGCCUGAAAUUUGUCACACCUGCUGUAACAGCGGGUAUUUUCAUUUUCCAAGUGUCAACAUUUAAGUCAGCCAAGGUUGGUAACUACGAGUACCCUCCCCUUGGGGAAGCUUUCGGCCUCCUGAUGGCAAUGGCGUCGAUGAUCUGUAUUCCAAUCACCAUGGUGAUAAAGCUUCGGCAGCUUCCAGGAACUCUACUUGAGCGAUUACGAGCGUCAGUAAUACCCAUUCUAAAAAAGAAACAGAUCCCGAAGGCCUGGAAAUCCGAAGGGUUGUGCAGAUCUGUCAUAAUCGCUGAGGAUGAGGAGGAAGAGACUGAGGAAUUGUUCGACUUAGAAAAAUCUACUGCUUUACUAUAAAAGUAUUUACAUUGCGUACAUUUAGUGAUUAAUACAAAUAUCCGUACACUAGCUUUUUUCCUCAUCUGCUUUAGAAAAAUCUCGUGUUCACUUUGAAAUAUCCAUUUAAUUCUUUUUUCUCAUAAACGUCACAGAUUUAUUCAAGGGGGUUUUAUAUAAAAAAAAUAAGACUAUGUUUACUUUCCUUUUGAAAGGUAGAUCACAUGCUCUUUUAUUUUGAAAACGUCAUUACUAAGUGCUAUUUUUUGCAACGUAAUCAGGGUUUCGUCAUAGGUUUUGUCACACUUGUCAGGCGCCCUUGGCGAUGGUGGGAAUCAAUGAAAUCAACACUAAGGGGUUGAGUGAGAACAAUGAUCAAUAACACUCCUAUGUGAUGCAUAAUGAAAAAUAUCAACUCUCGGGAAAAAAUAUUUUAUAGUUAAGAAAUCGGCAAUUCGAAAACCUUACUACAUUCGGGCUUAUAUGUUUCUGAGCGAUGGAUUCUAUUGAUCCAAUUUAGUGAUUCCCGAACAUCUAAGGGGGCUGCAUUUUAACAAUAUCAAUCAGUAACACAACGAUCGUUUGGUGUCUUGUCGGCAGAUAUUUUAUAUCAUGAUGUCAUUUCAAUGUAUCAUAAUUUUAUGUGAGAGGGAAGAAUAUAUACCUCCAAAAUGCGGAAACACAUUUACCUCCGAAACACUGUUGAAACUGAUAAAGCCUUAUGAGAAUGACCAACCAUUGAACAAAUUUGUAAUGAUACUUUUACAGACUGCUUUGAAAAUUCCAAAUAUGUUAGAUAUUUACCCAAAAUACUUAGUAAGAAACGGGAGAAAAUAGCACAUUAGCAUGUAUGAUUGGGGACACGAAGAUUCUAUCCUGAACAAAGAGCUAAAACUCGGACAUCCUCGAGUAGAAUGUUCAUACUUCCAUAUCCUAGACUAGAUAUAUCGGCCUUUUGUUAUAUUACCAAGCAAUACUAGUAUUGGUGGCAGCUUACAUUUAUUUAAUUGACUUUAUUGUGACGUGAUCAUUAGGUAGUGAUAUGUCAUACAUUUUAGUAUGACGUCAAUUCGUUUUGAUUUUUGUCGUUGAUGAAAUGUGUUGAGAUUGCUUUUAUUAUUCUUAUUCGCAUUAGCGUAUUAGCAAUCCUUAUAUGUAUCAGUAGAAUCACUGUGUGUCGUUGUCAACCUGAUAAGAAAUCAAGGUAAAAACUUCAUCGAUAUUAUGUUCCAAAGGAUUCAAUUUUAAUUAAUUACAAUCCCCCCCCCCCCUUUCAGUAGCAUGCAGGAAUCAAUUAACGAUGCUAUGAAAAUAAAAUACAUCUGUAUGUUUAACAGCAAAAAUGGCCUUUGGGAAUUGCCUAAAUGACGUUAAAGAUUGCCUCCCUCUGAUUCUCGUUAAUUUUUAAAACAUUACUUGUUAUUAUGAGUUACAAACUGAUACUGUGAGAUAAGAUAUUUUCGUGGGGCCAAAAUUUCGUUGUUUCCCGAUGAGCUCGUGGAUAACGAGUAACCACUCAAACGGCGAAUUGCUUAAUAUCAAACUUGAAAUUCCAACGUUCACCUUUGCAUGGAUUCAUUGAUGAAGAUUACCCAAGAAAUUAACGAACUUUACCUAAAAUAAACCCACGAAAAUCAGUGACUUCACAGUAUAUAAAAUGUGAACAAAAAGAUGUUAUGAUUCAAACAUAUCGCAUGCUAUACCCUUACCAGCAAUACGCCAUUUCUUUGUGUGGUAAAGGACGGAUCUACAUUCAAUGGUUCGACUGAAUUAAGUCAGGUAGCAUGGGUUAUUAUUAUUCUUAGACGCAUCUAUAAACUUGUGGUAUUUAUGUUAAGAUUAGAACUCCUGUAAGGAUUCCGACCAAAAAAAUAGCUAUUUUUUGCAUUAACUAUAUGUUUAAUCAAGUAUACUGUUGCUUUAACUACCUAAGCUGCAUGUAUCUAGACAGCGACAGUGCCUUUGUGUAAGAGUUACGGUAAAGCUACAUCCAAAGGAAUGUGCUGCAUGUACAAAUAUUAAUAAAUUAAUAAAAUGGAAUUACCUACUUUUUGAUCUGCAGUGGGACAGGAAUCCUUAAGUAAAAAAUGGCCAAAACGAUUUGUAUGAUUUAAAUAAUAUAUUAUUGCCUAUCGUCUAAGGUAACCUAUCUUUAAAAUAUUGAGGUUUGUUUUUAUCUUAAUGAUGCACCUUAUCUUACAUUUACAUGCAUGUCAUAUUUCAAAAGAGUUCCCCGGCAAGAUAUUGGUAAAAUAGUUUUUUAUAAAUUGUUUUUGAAUUUGUUAAUUGAAUUAAUCGAUAACCUCGGGAAUUUCUGAUUCAUUAAAUGCUAUUAAACAGAAAAUGUGCUGAGGGAGACAAUUCAAACGAAAGCAUAUGUCAUUGACUGUCCAAUUUAUGUCAAUAUUAGCAUUACGGCCAAAGAAACAGAGUCAUCAUCGCUCUCUGCACCCCUGGAAUAUGUCAUAGCUAAGAUGAAAGCACGCGGCUAGCUAGCUGUUUGAUUGGUCUCGGGUAAAAAAAAGCACAUGACCAAUCGCAUGGCUGAUAUCUUUCUUUUGAAGACUACAGAGGAGCAAUACCCGACUUCAAAACCAUUCAAGUAGUCAAAGGAUCAAGCUAGUCUUCUCAUCUCCCAUAAGAUGGUGCCCACUGAGCCUUCUAUUCUUAUAUGACCUGCUCCAGGGUUGCAGAGAGAGUAAGUGAUCGUAACCCCUGGAGUAUCAAGUGAAAAGUCAUGAAAGUUUCUUUUUAAUUGAAUUAUCGUUAAUGAAGUAUAUGUAAGAUCAAAUGUUCCAAUAACUUGUCAUUAAAAUAAUGUAAUCAGGUUCAUAUUUACGGUAUAUACUGGCAGCAUAACACGUCACCGUGAAAGUAAUAUAUAUAUGUAUAUAAGCAAAUUCGUAUUCAUAUAUAAAUGUAUAUAUGCAAAUUCGUACUAUAGGCCAUCCUCGAAUUAACAUGGGUUUUGCUCUCUUGCGUUCUCUGCACUGUUGGAACACAUAAUGACGAAAUCGAAGGUUCUGUACGAGCCACCUUGUGAAUGAGACAAGUAGACUAGUUUGAUGCUUUGAUGUAUUUCAAAACAAUCGUGCGUCAGCAUAACGGUAAAUCUGACCGGCUAUGAAGUCGGGUGUAGCAUCUCUGUAAGCUUCAAAGGACAUAUAUGGUCACUUUUUUUUUUACCUGAACCAAUUAAACAGCUAAUGUCGAGCCUUCAAUUUCGUCAUGAUAUCCCAGGGGUACAGUGAACGAAAAUAAGCGUAACCCAUGGAAUUUCAAGGAUGACUAUAUAGAUAAAAUAUUCUAUUCGACACCAAGUGAUCGAUAGCUAUCAUUUUGUUCUGUGAACAAUAUAGUCUAGUUGUGCGGUAUGUCUUUAAUGAAAUAGGUACUGAAAAGGAAAACACAUUUGUUGAUUUCGCGUUCCAUUUAUUACGGUGAAAAUAACAGACGCACAAUAUUUUGACGUAUUUUAAAAAGAAUAUUGAAGCAUUUAUUAAAGUAUUUCAUAUACAAAAAAAAAUCGCUCAGAAAACUUGGUAGCUAGAUGAAAAGACGUUAUAAAGUAUAUAAAGGUAAAGGUUACCAACACGUUCAAUCAUAGUAUUACCAUUGUCACUUUUAAGAAAGUUUGGGUAAAUCCCCUUUUUAAAAAUGAAAGGUUCCAUAAAUAUCAUAUAUUGCCAUGCAUUUAACAAAAUUUCAUUCUUCGAAAUUUCAAUUUUUGAAAAUAGAAAAUGAAAAAAAUUGUAAUAAGAAAAUGCAAGGCUCGAACUCGGGACCUUUAUCGUGCAAAGGCUACACUUAACCAAUGUUGCCAUAUAGAAAUUAUACAACCUUGGAAUCAAAAUGAGCGUCCAAUUUCUGGGUCACAAAACAUUUGAAAAACUUGACAGGGGAAGUCACCCUGAGCAAGGAAAAAAGCAUUUUGUUGCUUCAUCGUCUAAAAAAGCUCUGAGAGGAACACAUCCUAGCGAUUUUAAGUGAUGCAGUGGGUCCCUUAACCUUAUAAUCGACCAAUCUUCAUUAUUGUUCCUUGUAAACAAUAUCGAUGAACUUAAAAAUAGCCUUAUUUUACGAAGAAGCAGGAAAUGAAUUUGCCAUCGAUAAAAAUGACAAAAUAAACAGAUCACGUAUUCCUUAGUUAAACAAACUUAUGUUUUAAGGUAAAAAAUACUGUUUUGAUUAAAACAUGACACAUUUCAUAUUGAUAUCGGAUCAGGGAGGUUCCAACAGAAAACCUCUGUCGUUAUCAUUUACGCAUAGUAUUUUUAGAAAUCGUUUUUUAAUAAUAAAUUUGCUAUCUAAA